AAUUCCUCUCAAAAUUGCUCGAAAUAUGUAGAAUUACAUUAAUCACAAUACCUUUUGAGGUGUUGCAAUAGUAUCAGACCUACCUAAAAAGUAAUAUAACUAACUACUUUACGUUACGUACGUAACUUUACAUUAACAGUGGAUGGUACCACCCUUUAAGCUUAUCAAGCCUGUGUCAGGAGAACACUGUGCCAAACACAACUACAAUGGAAAAUUCUUGGACUUUCAAGAUCUGCUGGCCAAUCUUGCAGCCACCCCGUGACGAGCAACGGAAAGAACCUAUUACAAAAUUUGAUUACAUUUAAAGAUGAAAUGUACAAAUGGUAAUUCUUUCAAAUGCGACGAUGAUGUUGGUUUAUGCGAGAUAAAAAGUUCGGACGAAGAACUAAGAGAAGAAUCACUAAAAUUACUUACCUACGCAUCCACUAGCCAGAAGCGGUAGUGUUUGUUCAUAAUAUUUAUCGAAAAUGAAGGAACCAAAUUGUACAGGAAAUUGUAAAAUCCUCACAGACGACCAAUGUAUAGUAAAAGUGACAGAGUUUCGUGAUCGGGAUCGUGUGUUUAUAAUAACACCGGCAGGAUAUAAGCAUUUAGUGCCAAUAUCAAAAAUAACAGAACGGCAAAUGACAAUAGUACCUGGAAGUUACGUUAUAAUACAAGCUACAGAGAAUUCUAGAUACCCGGCUGAAGUAAUUCAAGUAAUAGACAGUGAUCUCGAAACGUUUUAUAGAAAUAAUAAAUUAUGGCCAGCACCAUAUGAUAUAGAGGGCCAUGUAGAACAACUAGCAGAGAAAUUAGAAAUAAAAAAUAAAACUGAACAGAUAGAAAGGCUCAAAACAGACAUAAAAAACAUAACAAACAAUCAAACAAAAACAAGAAAAAGCAGUCCCAAGAAAGUACCUCGUUCAUCCAGUAAUAAGCCGCCGCAGAAGAACGUACACGGAAAAAAAAAGGAACCUAUCCCCACUACGUCUUGUAAUCAUACAAUCACUGAACAAGAACAGGCAGAUGAGGGAUGUAAAACAUGUAAUCCCAUUUGUAUUCCUGUACCGCCGAAAACAACCAGUACUGAAAGUAAUACAGAGAACGCAACACUAAGCAAAAGACUAACAAUUAGUAGCGGACUAAAACCUGCUCUUAGUGGCACAUCUACUUACCAAGGGACAUCUUGCUGUAGUGCUUCUUUUGCAGAUAAAAUGUCCGUUGGUUCUGGGCCUAAUUAUUCCAAUAUCGUAAUUGACCGGGAUCGAUUACCACCUUUGUAUGGGAAAUGUACCCCAUGGCAGGCAACUAAAAAAGAACUUAAGAAAUUAAAAAAAAAAAAAUAGUAGUUGUUCAAAUCAUAGCAGUUUCUUAUUUACUACAAUUGAUAAACACUGCUGACUGGAGGAGAGAAGCUAAAGGUCGUGACACAUGGAGAAACAACCGCAGAUGGAGAUAUCGUCGCUCACGAUAGCGCCUGUCUCGAUCAUUUAGGUCUUAACCGAACUCCGCCAACACUAAAUUAACUACAUAUGGCCGUGGCUGCCACUCUUACGAACAGGACUGGUAUAGAUGCAGAUAAAAAUUGAAAACAAAAUUUAAUACUGAAUAUACGAAGAAGCCUUAGAUGUCGUAUGAAUUUCUGUGCAGUGUGCAUCAUCAUAGAUUACCUACUCAACUUGGUAUACCACAUUGUAUACUAAUAAAUCUACUUACCUACCCAACCACUAGUUGAAAGCGAUAAUUCUGAGUUCACAAAAUUUAUUGAAAAUGAAUGAUGAAGAAGGAGUCGAUUUUGAACCUCUCGCAGAGGACCAAUGCAUAGUAAGAGUGAUACAGAUAUGCAGUAAAGAAGUGGCGGUGAUACUAACACCAAGUGGAUUUAAGCAUUUAGUAACAAUGCCACAAGCCACAGACGAGGAUACCACCGUAAAACCUGGAAACUACGUUUUAAUACAAGCUACAAGAGAAGGGUCAAGAUACCCGGCUGAAAUAAUUCGGGUAAUAGACUAUGAGCUCGAAAAGUUCUAUAGAGCGCGUAAUUUAUGGCCAACACAAUAUGAUAUUAAGGGCUGUGUAGAACAACUAGCAGAGAAAAUACAAAUAGCUCAAAAGGCAGCAGAACUUAAAAAAGGUCAAGUAAAAGGAAAAAAGAAAAAAGAAAAAAAGGAAAAAGUAGGAAAAAAAUGUGAAUAUGUCGCCACUACGUCUUAUGAUGAUGAUGGAAAAAUUAAAAAAAUUUGUAAAAUAGUAUGUAAAAAAAGUGAUAAAGAUUAUAUCGACGACAGCCCCAUUUUUCCUGAUGAUGUUGAUGGUCAAACUGAUUCCACGGGAAAAAGGACUGUUUAUAGUAACACCGAUUCUCAAUUUUUGUUUAUUACUAGCAGCCAGUCAGGAAGAGCAAUCCAAAAGAAAAAACUAAAAGGUUAUAAGAAACAAAAACCUGCUUUUAGCGGCACAUCUGGUUGCUGCAAGACAUCUUGCGGUGGUACGUCGAGUACAAAAGGAAAAGACACUGGUUCUGGACCCCGUUAUACCAAUAUCACAGUCGGUAAAGAUCAAUUACCUCGAUUGUUUGGCAAAUGUACUCCAUGGAAGAUGUCCCAAAAACAAUUGAAGAAACAUUGUGCAGACUUUGAUAGUUGUGUAUUAACUAAUCUUGAGAAAACAAAGAAAUUAAACCAAUGACGACUGCCUCGACCGGAUCGGUUCAGGGCUCUACUUCACCAACGCCAAACAUAAAUCAUCUACAGACUUUCUUACCAAAGAGGACUUGUAUCGACACAGAUAAAAACUAAAAAGAUAAAAUUAAAAUACGACAGACAGAAAAUUAAUAGUUCAUUACAUACUAUUAGGAAUCUUAUCGCUAAUAUCGACCUGUAGGGCCCGUAGUACCUGUAGGGACCUGUAGGGUAGUACGUCAGGGCGCGACUUGCGCGAGAGCGACAUAAAGCGCGAGAUCUCUAAGGCGCUCUGCAGAUGGAGCAAGUUUAGUUGACUCAACUGGCAACUUUUUACAAGUUUCUAUUAACGGUUGCCGGUUGUAGCAACUAAAAGGCCUAGUGGUCGGUUGCCGCAAUUUUAAAUAAACUUUCGAAAUCCACUUUCUUUCGAAAACAACUCAAAUUUGAAGUUGUUUCACGAGUUGCUGUUACCGGUUACGGAAACUGGCAACUGGAGACAACCGGUACAAAUUUGCAGUUUGUAGUUGCGGCAACCAAGAAUUUACUUAAUCACUGAUUUCGGCAAUCGAAAACUGUAGUCGAUUGUCGAAACUCUCAACUGAAGUUUACCACGUUUGCGCGGUUUCUUGAAAUUAUAUGAAAAACGUCAUAAACAGCUAGUUGCGGGUUGCCAGUUGCCGAAACUCGAUCAUCAAAGUUGCUCCAUCUGCGCAGCGCCUAAGGAAGAAUAGCAGUAUCGCAUAGUACAGCAGUAUCGUUUUAUGUCACUCUCGAGCAAAUCGCACAAAUCAUGCCCUGUCGUGCUAGCUCUACUGGUGGAGGUAGAUAAAAAAUUGAGAGAAAGCGAAAACAAAUGUACUGGUAACUGCUCACAUACAUCUCGCCUCAGGAGUCUACUCCCGUUCGUUCUCCAUUAACAAUUAUUGUCAAAUUAGUAAUCAACCAAAGUACAAGACGCAUGAUGUGAAUGACAUUUAUAUUUGACAUUGUUUUUUGAUAUGGUCGAGUAUUACUUAUUUGACAAUCAUUGCUUCGGACAGAGAACGGCAGUAGAGUCCCAGAAGACUAAACGAAAAUUAAUAAAUUACGCACUGCACUUUCGAAAGAACAAUGGCGACAUCAUUGUUAAAAUAAUUCUUUAGCGUCUUCAAAUGUCAUAAUUACAAGCUUGAAUAAAAUAAAUUCAUUAAAUUUUUCGAAUUAUACUAAAGGUUUGUCGAAGUCUAUAAAUGAAAUCAUAUUUAAAAGAAACUCAAAUUACUAAUUGGCAUGUAACCAGACGAAGCACAGUGCUGAUCUUUAAUUAUAAAUAUUAUAUAUGAUUAAAAUAUUUCGUCUGUAAUCAGACAACUGUCAGUUUCUUAGUUUCUUUACGGUGAACGACACGUGCCCGCCAAAAACGAUUUUCAGUACCUACGUAUAGACAGGUCCAUAUAAAGUUAGUUCACGUAAUAUCAAAUGUACUGAUUUGACCGAUUUGCAAUAAAAGAUUUACUGCUUUAUUACAAAAAAUAAAGUAGAUAAUUCCUUCUCGAAAUAUCCCACGCGAGAAAGUGAUAAAACUGACAAAACAUUUCCCGAUAUCAGGGAUAGACGGCAUGUUUCCAAUAUCUAUGCAGGUUUCACAAAAAAAUAAAAUUAGUGGCCGAGUUACCUAUGUAUUAACCCAGUUUUCUUUUGUUAUGACUUAGCUUCAUGCUUUUUGACCAUACAAUUGUAUAAAACAAUUUCCUCCGAAUUUUCGUCACGUGACAGACCCACGGCACUAUUCAGCUUCAAUAAACUCUGUAGGCUUCUGUAGUUUAUUUUGAUAUAAUAAUAAACGGAAUAUACAUAUUUUAUUCAAUUUAUGUAAAACAUAACCUCCAGAACUUCAAACUGAAAUAUCUUUAAUCAGGAAUUUAAUCUAUAUAUUUUCACAUAUUUUUCAUAAACAGAUGCAUACAAAUUAUGUCAACAAAAAUUUACAUGGGUGUUCGCCAUUGUUCGUGUAUUUUUCAGUGCAGUGUGCAUUAUUCAUAGAUUCCCCGGAAAACUUGGUAUACCAUUGUAUCGCUGGUAUUUUAGUAUUGGGAGGGUAUUUUAGUAUACGUUAAGGGAGCUUGGUAUUAUUUUUUUCGUGGGUGUGCAUCGGGGUUGGGCACAAAAAAGCUACAUUGACGUAUAUGUUUAUGCAAAAUUAGGUGUUGGUGAUAUUAUAUUAACAAAAUGUAAAACAAAAAUAAUUUUAAUCGACUUUUGGUGAAAAAAAUAUUUAUAAUCAUAAAAGCUACUUAAAUAUUAGGGGUUGAAGUACGAAAUUGCCAUUCUAAAGUUCUGGUCACUUUGAAAUGAAAUAAAAAGUUUUUGGUGAUAAUAUUUUUUAUUUUAUUUUAUUUUUGGUUGCGCCGAAUGGUAUUUUGAUUUCACCUCGAGAAAUUUGGACGCUUCUUAUU